AUGGCUUCAACAGUGCUGAUGAACUCGUUGAAGAUGAGCCCACCUCCAUUUCUGUAUCUUCUUACGCUUGGAUCUGGAUUCCAGAAGAAACUCUGCAAAGGCGUAAACUUUGCCUCUGGGGGUGCUGGACUCCUAGACAUAACAAAUAUUAACAAUGCAGUGCCCUUAUCGGAACAGAUCAAUCAGUUCACUACAGUGCGCAAUAAUCUCACUGCCAUGAAAGGCGAAAAUGCGACUGAAGUAAUGCUCAAUAAGUCUUUGUUCUUCAUCAGUGUCGGGAGCAAUGACAUUUUUGGUUAUUUAAACAGAAGUGAUACGACACCUCCAGGCACCUUCAUCACCAUGAUGCUAUCAGCAUAUUCCCAACACAUCACUACGUUGUACCAACUUGGAGCAAGAAAAUUCGGAAUCAUAAGCAUUCCACCAAUAGGUUGUUGUGUGUUUUCAAGACUAAUUCAAUUGAACUUCACUGGCACCAACGGCUGCUUCCCUCCCAUGAAUGAUAUUGCUCAGGCGUUCCAUGUAGCCCUCGACGGCCUUUUACUCAACCUCAGCUCACAGCUUCCGGGAAGGAAAGAACUCAUUCAAUAUGACUCUUGA